CUGCCCAACCGGGCAAAUCGACAAAUCGUGAGACAAGAAGCCCGUAGGACCGAUCCCCUGAUCCUGUGCCUUCACCAUGGGACCUAAAAAGGCUGCCAAGAAGGGCGGUGGAGGAGAUGAGGACCGGGAUUACGACCAAGAGAACGCCGUGCUGAUGUCCAGGGUAGAAACACUCCACCACAAACUGAGUAAGGAAUAAAAAGAGCCUCACCGUCACGGAGGCAUCGACCUCUUUGCACCUGUCUGCCGGUUCGACAGUGAUGAAGAACGAGCACAUUGCCAAGAGCCGCACAGCGUGUGAGGACUUGAGGAGGCGGCUGAGCCAGCUGGACCACCACUUUUCUGAAGAGGCCAGCCAGGGGGACAAGGCUACCGGCGAGAUGAGACGGCAGUACACAGAGAUGGAGACCAACUUCCUCAAGAUCAUGGACAACCUACAGAAGCAGGUGGCAGACUCAAAAGACGACAUCGGUGAGUCGAUUGCGGUGGACACACACUGCAGGCUGAGCUUGGUAUGUUCUUCUGUCUCCUAUCUGUCUGUGUGUGGGCCUCCAGAGAAUGUUCAGCGCACGAUAGAGACGACCCAAGUUGAAAAGGACGAGGUGAUUGCAGCCAAAGACGCGGAGAUUCGCCGGCUCCAGAUGCAGAUGGAGACCAUGGCCAUCGAGUUUGCUGAUAUGCUCAAGGUACAUGCGUGGAUGUGCUCAACCGAUUUCCCCUGUCUCGCUCACCGACGGUGGUUUUCGUGUGCAGGAAACGCUCGACAAGAUGAGUCAGCGUGUGGAGGUCACACACAUAGGCUGGGACAGAGACGGGGGUGCAGGCCGUCCGCCGCUUAUGAAUCGUCUCAAGGAGUUUGCACUGCUUUCAACUCCACCAGGUACAUGGCUGGCCGCACCCAUGACAGGCCACCCUGUGUGCCAUGCGUGUUUGGUGUUGUUUGCUGGCCAGAUCGUUCUGUGCCUGUGAGUGCCGUUCCCCAGCGGAUUCAGAUUAAUCCACCUGCUGGUGCUGCUGAAGAGGCUCAGGCCAUCGCCGAUGGCGAGGCUCAUGAAGACAAGGAGCACUCUGCGGUUGAAUGAUGUAUGGAUGGAUUCACGGAUGAGGGGCCCACACGCAAUUCUUUCUGGCUCAAGCUGC